GUAGGAUAUCAACCAGGAGUAACACUCAGACAAAAUGCCCAACAUCAAAAUAUUUGCAGGAUCGUCUCACCCGGAGCUGUCGGAACGCAUAGCAGAUCGACUAGGAUUUGAACUGAGCAAGGCAACUCUGAAGAAAUUUUCCAAUCAAGAAACAUGUGUCGAGAUUGGAGAGUCCGUGCGUGGUGAAGACGUCUAUAUUGUACAAACGGGUGCUAGUGAAGUGAAUGAUCAUCUGAUGGAGUUGCUGAUCAUGAUCAAUGCGUGCAAAAUUGCGUCUUCCAACAGAGUGACCGCUGUCAUACCUUGUUUUCCGUAUGCAAGACAAGAUAAGAAAGACAAGAGUCGUGCACCUAUUUCUGCUAAGCUUGUUGCAAAUAUGCUAUCUGUGGCGGGUGCAGAUCACAUCAUCACAAUGGAUCUUCAUGCAUCUCAAAUACAGGGAUUCUUUGAUAUUCCAGUUGACAACUUGUAUGCUGAGCCUGCAGUGUUGAAGUGGAUCAGAGGAAACAUUAUUGAUUGGAAAGAGUCAAUUAUAGUAUCACCGGAUGCUGGCGGUGCUAAGAGGGUGACGUCUAUUGCAGACCAAUUAAAUGCUGAUUUUGCUUUGAUUCACAAAGAGCGGAAAAAGGCAAAUGAAGUUGCUAGCAUGGUGCUAGUUGGAGAUGUGAAAGGGAAAACUGCAAUCCUUGUUGACGACAUGGCAGACACUUGUGGCACUGUUUGCUUAGCCGCUGAAAAGUUAAAGGAAGCUGGUGCUGACAAAGUGUAUGCUAUAAUGACUCAUGGAAUUCUUUCUGGUCCUGCUUUGGAACGAAUUAAGUCAUCUCCUUUGGAACAGGUUGUAGUUACAAACACAAUUCCUCAAGAUGAAAAAUUGAAGCUCUGUGAUAAGCUUGAGAUUAUUGACAUAUCAAUGAUUCUAGCUGAGGCCAUCAGGAGGACCCACAACGGAGAAUCUGUUUCAUAUCUAUUUUCGAAUGUUCCUUUGUAGCUUUCAGGGUUGUUCAACCGAACUGGGUGGCCAGAAGACAUUUUAAAACUUAAAGAUAAGUACAGAUAGCUGAAGAUAGGAAUGCAAUACUUGUACUGCAUGUACUGUAUAUUAUUGUAUUGACACUAAGAAAUUACAGAUAGCGCAGAGUGUUUGAUCAGACAAGGUAUUGUAGUAGCUGUGAAAAGUACAAUCAUUAUCCAUAUUCUUGAACAUGUGGC